GACAGUGUUAACCAGCACAGUGAGCUGAGAAGAGACACUUCCAGCUCUUUGAGGAGCUAUAGCAUAUAGACACACAUCAGCUGAAAAAUGGCAGCCGUGGACAAAGACGUGGCUGAGAAGUUUCUGGACAGCAACCCUGACUUUGCCAAGCAGUACUACGAUACCAAGUUCCGCCCGAAGGUCAUCUCGGACCUUUUCAAAGACAACAAGACUUCCCAGGUGAACACUAGCAGCUUCCACGAGCUGAGCACAGUGGAGGAGAGUGAGAUCAUAUUUGACAUGGUCAGAGACCUGCAGGACAACAUCCAGAUGGAGAAGGCUAUCUUCAACUUCAUGAAACAUCUCAGCUUCAUGAUACGGUCAGAGAAGAUGAGCCUGUUCAUGUACCGGAUGCGUAACGGCACGGCGGAGCUGGCCACGAGACUCUUCAACGUGCACAAGGACGCCACCUUGGAGGAGUGCCUGGUCCAGCCAGACAGUGAGAUAGUCUUUCCCAUGGACAUCGGCAUUGUGGGCCAUGUGGCCACCACCAAGAAGACUGUCAACAUCCCAGAUGUCUCAGAGAGCAGCCACUACAGUGACUUUGUGGACCAGAUCCAAGAAUACCAGACCAAGAGUGUCUUGGCUACCCCUAUCAUGAACGGCAAGGACAUGGUGGCUGUUAUGAUGGCUGUGAACAAGAUUGGAGCUCCACACUUCACUAAGCAGGAUGAGGAGACUCUGUUGAAGUAUCUCAACUUUGCCAACCUGAUCCUAAGAGUGUUCCAUUUGAGCUACCUUCACAACUGUGAGACCAGAAGAGGACAGGUCCUGCUCUGGUCUGCCAGCAAAGUGUUUGAGGAGAUGACAGAUAUUGAGAGACAGUUCCACAAGGCCCUCUAUACCAUCAGGGAGUUCCUUAACUGUGAACGUUACUCUGUUGGCCUCCUGGACAUGACCAAGACUAAGGAAUUCUAUGACCUUUGGCCUGUGCUAAUGGGAGAAGUGCCUCAAUACGAUGGACCCAAGACUCCUGAUGGCAGAGAAAUAAACUUCUACAAAGUGAUUGACUACAUUUUACAUGGAAAAGAGGAGAUCAAAGUUUUACCCAACCCUGCUCCGGACCACUGGGCUCUGGUCAGUGGCCUGCCCACCUACGUGGCUAAGGAGGGACUGAUCUGUAACAUUAUGAACGCGGCACAAGAUGACUUCUUCAGCUUCCAAAAAGGGCCCGUGGAUAGCUCCGGCUGGAUCAUUAAGAACGUCCUGUCCCUCCCCAUCGUGAAUAAGAAAGAGGAAAUUGUCGCAGUAGCCACCUUCUACAACAGGAAAGAUGGGAAACCCUUUGACGAGCAGGAUGAAACUCUGAUGGAGUCUCUCACCCAGUUCCUUGGCUGGUCUGUGCUCAACACAGACACAUAUGACAAGUGGAACAAGCUGGAGAACAGGAAGGACAUCUUCCAGGACAUGGUGCUGUACCACAUCAAGUGCAGGACGGAUGAGACCCAGAAUGUAUUGAAUACCAGGGAUAGGUAUGGGAAGGAACCACAUGAGUGUGAGGAGGUGGAACUGGAAGCAAUCCUGUCGGAAGUUCUACCACCCUCUUCCAAGUCGGAGCUCUUUGAGUUUCACUUCUGUGACUUUGAGCACAGUCAUCUGGACCUGGUCAAGUUAGGCAUUAAGAUGUACUAUGAGUUGGGAGUGGUGGACAAGUUCCACGUCCCCCGUGAGACCCUCACCAGGUUCUGUUACUCCCUCAGUAAGGGCUACAGGCAGAUCACCUACCACAACUGGAGUCAUGGCUUCAACGUGGGCCAGACCAUGUUCACUCUGCUCAUGACAGGUGACCUGAAGCGUUAUUACACAGAGCUAGAGACCAUGGCCAUGGUAACAGCUGGCUUAUGCCACGAUGUCGACCACAGAGGCACCAACAACCUCUACCAGAUGAAGUCUGGAAACCCUCUCGCAAAGCUCCACGGCUCCUCCAUCCUGGAGAGACACCAUCUGGAGACUGGGAAGACCCUGCUGAGAGACCCUGCCUUAAAUAUUUAUCAGAAUCUCAGUCGUGCUCAGCACGAGCAUGUCAUUCAUCUGAUGGACAUCGCCAUCAUCGCCACUGACCUCGCUCUCUACUUUAAGAAAAGAACCAUGUUCCAGAAGAUCGUGGACCAAUCGAAGACCUACGAGACCUGGGAUGAGUGGACCACAUACAUGACGCAGCAGACCACUCGCAAGGAGAUAGUCAUGGCUAUGAUGAUGACGGCCUGCGAUCUGUCUGCUAUUGCCAAACCAUGGGACAUCCAGAGCAAGGUGGCGCUGUCUGUGGCUGCAGAGUUCUGGGAGCAGGGUGACCUGGAGAGGACUGUACUGGAACAGCAGCCUAUUCCCAUGAUGGACAGAACUAAAUCAGCUGAUCUUCCCAAGAUGCAGUGUGGUUUCAUCGAUUUUGUCUGUGCUUUUGUGUACAAGGAGUUCUCCCGUUUCCAUGUGGAGAUCACUCCCAUGCUGGACCGGCUGCUGAACAACAGGAAGGAGUGGAAUGCUCUGAAGGAGAUACACGAAGCUAAGCUGGCUGCUCUGGAGGAGGCCAAGACAGUCAAGGAGGAGGCAGCUGUUACAGCCACCGCAGCCAAGCAGGCGAGUGCAGCUGAAGCAGCGCCCCAGUCAAAGACCUGUGUUGUCAACUAGACUUGAGAGAUACCAGUCCUGGACCAAAGUGACUGUACCAAGACAGGUGUUUUACGUUCCUGUACCAGAUAUCGGUCUACUAGAGCUGUUUAGUAUUAGCCUAGUGUAGCCUUACAGUAUGCUGAACUUGAGCCGGUUCGCAUUAACUUAGUAUACCCUUACAGUAUACAUAACCAGAGUGGGUUAGCAUUAACUUAAUAUAGCCUUACAGUAUACUGAACAAGAGCCAGUUAGCAUUAGUUUAGCGUAGACUUACAGUAUACAUAACUAGUACCAAUUAGCAUUAGCUUAGCAUUACAGUAUACAUAACUAGAGCCGGAUAGCAUUAGCUUAGCAUAGCCUUACAGUAUCCUGUACUGUGCUGUACAUUGACCUAUAUAUGGUACCAAGCCAGAGGAUCCACAGGAUGAAGCAGUUCAUGGACAAUUUCAAACACAGCCUAUUCCUGUGCAAUGAAUGUAAAUAUUUAGGUAUUUUACUGGAAUUUACCAUGUACUUACACACUCAUUAAUUUGGCAAUGUGAAAUUGACUUCCUUAGAAAUACGGAAUUCAGUUAGCAAAAAAAGGUUGGGUAUCAUUUCCAUAGGCUAAACAUACACUGUAUUCUGAAAGUAUUCAGACCCCUUAACUUUUGCCACAUGUUGAUAUGUUACAGCCUUAUUCUAAAAUGUAUAAAAUUACAUAUUUUCCUCAUUAAUCUAUACACAAUAAUCUAUAAUGCAAAAAACAGGCUUUUAGAAAUAAAAAACAGAGUUCCUCUGUGGAGAUGGGAGAACCUUCCAGAAGGACAACCAUCUCUGCAGCACUCCACAAAUCAGGCCUUUAUGGUAGAGUGGCCAGAUGGAAGCCACUCCCCAGUAAAAGGCACAAGACAACACGCUUGGAGUUUGCCAAAAGGCACAUUAAGACUGUCAGACCACUAUAUUUGGGACAAGUCUCUGAAUGUCCUUGAGUGGCCCAGCCAGAGCCCGGACUUGAACCCAAUCAAACAUCUCUGGAGAGAGCUGAAAAUAGCGACACUUCCCAUCCAACCUGACAGAGCUUGAGAGG